AUGGCAUUGGGAGAUCUCAUGGCGUCCAGGCUCGUGCACUCGUCCUCAUCGUCGUCCUCGUCCUCGCUGCCCACCCCCUCCUUGGCGGCGGUGAACCACCAGACGGACCGCGUGGAUGGUGAGCUCCCUGUCGCCAACGGGCCGGAGCUUCGGAGGGAGGACGCCGGCGAGGAGGAUGAGGAGGGGAGGGCCGUGGCGCUCGUGCCGUGCCUGCCGCAGGUGGUUGUGCUGUGCGAGCAGCGGCACGAGGGGUUCAAUGAGGCUGCGGUGGCGGCGGCGGCCGGGCCAUCGACGAGCGGGCUCGUCUCCAAGUGGCGCCCCAAGGACAGGAUGAAGACUGGAUGUGUUGCACUUGUAUUAUGUUUAAACAUUAGUGUUGAUCCGCCGGAUGUAAUUAAAAUUUCCCCUUGUGCAAGAAUGGAGUGUUGGAUAGAUCCAUUUUCUAUGCCACCCCCCAAAGCCCUUGAAAAUAUUGGAAAAACAUUACACUCACAGUAUGAGCGAUGGCAGCCUAAGGCUCGUUACAAGCUUCAGCUGGAUCCAACAGUCGAAGAAGUCAAGAAGCUUUGUAAUACUUGCCGCAAAUAUGCCAGAUCAGAGAGGGUUCUUUUUCAUUACAAUGGUCAUGGUGUACCAAAGCCUACGGCUAAUGGAGAGAUUUGGAUGUUUAACAAGAGUUAUACACAGUAUAUCCCUCUUCCUAUUACUGAUCUCGAUUCAUGGCUGAAAACACCAUCGAUUUAUGUUUUUGACUGCUCAGCAGCUGGAAUGAUUGUGAAAGCUUUUCUAGAGCGCCUAGACUGGAGUUCAAGCUCUUCUGCGUCUUCAGUGAAGGAUUGCAUUCUCCUUGCUGCCUGUGAGGCACAUCAAACUCUUCCUCAGAGUGCAGAAUAUCCCGCUGACGUGUUUACAGCUUGCCUGACCACUCCCAUAAAAAUGGCAUUGCACUGGUUUUGCAAACGAUCAUUACUCAGUGGUUCUCUGGAUCACUCUCUUAUUGACCAAAUUCCUGGAAGACAAAAUGACCGUAAAACACUUCUGGGGGAGUUGAACUGGAUUUUCACUGCUAUUACAGAUACUAUUGCAUGGAAUGUUCUUCCUCAUGAAUUAUUCCAAAGGCUUUUCAGGCAGGAUCUUUUGGUCGCCAGUCUCUUUCGCAACUUCUUACUUGCUGAGAGAAUCAUGCGGUCUGCAAACUGCUCACCAAUUACGUACCCACUAUUGCCACCCACACAUCAACAUCAUAUGUGGGAUGCAUGGGACAUGGCUGCGGAGAUCUGCCUUUCCAAGCUUCCUCAUUUGAUUGCUGAUCCUAAUGCAGAGUUUCAGCCGAGCCCAUUUUUCACGGAACAAUUGACAGCAUUCGAAGUGUGGCUUGAUCAUGGUUCUGAGGAUAAGAAACCCCCUGAACAGUUACCCAUUGUUCUUCAGGUCCUGCUUAGCCAAUCACACAGAUUUAGAGCACUUGUUCUGCUUGGAAGAUUUCUUGAUAUGGGUCCAUGGGCAGUUGAUUUGGCCUUAUCUGUUGGUAUCUUCCCUUACGUGCUCAAACUGCUCCAAACAAGUGCGAUGGAGUUGCGUCAAAUUCUUGUGUUCAUAUGGACAAAAAUUCUCUCUCUUGAUAAGUCAUGCCAGGUUGAUUUGGUGAAAGAUGGAGGGCAUGCAUAUUUUAUCAGGUUUCUUGAUAGUUUGGAUGCUUACCCGGAGCAGCGUGCAAUGGCUGCUUUCGUUUUAGCAGUUAUUGUGGAUGGGCAUAGGAGGGGUCAAGAGGCUUGCAUGAGUGCAGGUCUUAUAGAUGUUUGCCUGAGACAUCUGCAACCUGAGAAUCCUCAUGAUGCACAGACAGAGCCUUUGCUUUUGCAAUGGCUUUGUUUAUGCCUUGGCAAACUCUGGGAAGAUUUCCCUGAGGCUCAGUUACUUGGUCUACAAUCAAAUGCACCCGAAAUUGUUACAUGUUUAUUGUCUGAGCCUCAACCUGAGGUCAGAGCCUCUGCUGUUUUUGCACUUGGAAAUCUGUUGGACAUUGGAUCUCCAUCAGUGAAUGGAGGUGAUGACGACUCUGAUGAUGAUGAAAAGGCGAGAGCUGAAAUAAAUGUUGUUCGAAGCCUUCUGCAAGUCACUUCAGAUGGUAGCCCUCUUGUUAGAGCCGAGGUUUCUGUAGCUCUUACUCGCUUUGCGCUGGGCCACAACAAACAUCUCAAAUCUGUUGCUGCGGAGUACUGGAGACCUCAAACCAAUUCACUGCUGAAGUCACUACCAUCAUUGGCUAAUAUUAAUAACCCAAGCAAUGUUUACAGUCCCAGUAACUUUUUGCAAGGCAGCAGUGGCCUUUCUUCUCAUAUUGGUCCUGUGUUAAGGGUUGGUAGUGAUACCAGUGCCACAGGUCGUGAUGGAAGAAUUUCUACAAGCAGCCCGAUUGCGACAAAUAGCAUUAUGCAUGGGUCUCCCCAGUCAGAUGAUUCUUCUCAGCACUCUGAUUCAGGCAUAUUGCUGAGAGAUAAUGCAAGUAACGGUGGUCUCAGCUACACCAGGUCAAGGCCUAUUAUUGACAGUGGAAUUUAUUCCCUAUUUAUUUCGACGAUGUGCUCUAUUGCUAAAGAUCCUUACCCUAGAAUUGCAAAUAUUGGCCGGAGAGCACUGUCCCUUGUAGGGGUUGAGCAAGUGGUCAUGAGAAAUACUAGAUUUGGCAGUGGGGGUGCAGGAGAGUCAUCUGCUCCUUCAUCAAACAUAGGAAUGGCACGUUCUUCUUCCUGGUUUGACAUGAAUUCUGGAAUCUCAAUGGCAUUUAGGACCCCUCCUGUUAGUCCACCUCAGCAUGAUUACCUUACAGGGUUGCGCCGCGUGUGUUCUAUGGAGUUCAGACCACAUCUCUUGAACUCACCUGAUGGCUUAGCUGAUCCGCUCUUAAGCUCUGCUGCAGGCCCCAGUACCAGUGAGCUUAAUAUACUUCCCCAAUCAACAAUUUACAACUGGAGUUGUGGCCACUUCUCUAGGCCUCUUCUAACCGGGUCUGAUGAUAAUGGGGAAGUAAGUGCUAGAAGAGAAGAGAGGGAACGAACUGCACUGGAUUGCAUCGCUAAGUGCCAGCGUUCCUCAGCAUGCAAAAUGACUAGCCAAAUUGCUAGCUGGGAUACAAAGUUUGAGUUGGGUACAAAAUCAGCAUUGCUGUUACCUUUUUCUCCAAUCGUCGUUGCAGCUGAUGAAAACGAGCAAAUAAGAGUGUGGAAUUAUGACGAUGCUCUACCAGUGAAUACUUUCGAGAACCACAAGUUGUCUGACAGAGGACUAUCCAAACUUUUACUUAUCAAUGAGCUUGAUGAAAGCUUGCUUUUAGUUGGCUCAAGUGAUGGAAAUGUCCGUAUAUGGAGAAACUAUACUCAAAAGGGAGGACAGAAACUUGUAACUGCUUUCUCAUCAGUUCAGGGCCAUCGAGCUGCAGGCCGCAGCGUUGUGAUUGACUGGCAACAGCAAUCUGGUUAUCUGUAUGCAUCUGGUGACAUGUCUUCCAUCCUUGUAUGGGAUCUUGACAAGGAGCAACUUCUCAACACCAUUCCAUCAUCUGCUGAUAGUGGCAUUUCAGCUCUGUCUGCAUCUCAGGUUAGAUCUGGUCAAUUUGCUGCCGGUUUUAUUGACGCAUCCGUAAGGAUAUUUGAUGUUCGUACCCCUGACAGGCUAGUUUAUAUGGCAAGACCACAUGCCCCAAGAACUGAAAAGGUCGUCGGUAUAGGAUUUCAGCCUGGAUUUGAUCCAUACAAGAUUGUAAGCGCAUCUCAAGCUGGAGACAUUCAGUUUCUUGAUGUUAGAAGGGCUGCUGAACCCUACCUCACUAUUGAAGCUCACAGGGGUUCAUUAACAGCAUUGGCUGUUCACCGGCAUGCCCCAGUCAUUGCAAGUGGCUCAGCUAAGCAAAUGAUUAAAGUGUUCAGUCUUGAAGGAGAACAGCUAACGAUCAUUCGGUACCAGCCAUCUUUUAUGGGCCAAAGGAUAGGAAGUGUAAACUGCCUUUCGUUCCAUCCGUACAAAUCUCUCCUGGCUGCUGGAGCUGGUGAUAAUGCUCUGGUCUCUAUCUAUGCUGAGGACAAUUAUCAAGUAAGAUGA